UGUGACCCUUAACAACAAAUAUCUGCUCUUAAACAGAAAUAAUUACAGUAACUGUGGGUUUGAAUGCUGACAUAAAUGUGUACGUUUCGUGUUGUUCGUUUAACUUGCAGUGAGACGCAGGGAUAAGGAGGAGGGCUGAAUGUACCGCUAUUUGUGGCGAAAAUAACUCACAUUAUACUUUUUUGGGUGUUGCUGUACCUCUCAGCCGUAGGCCACAGCAAGGUUUGUGAGGAGAAACCUGCUGACCCACCAACUCAUCAACAAACUCUGUUAGUUGCAUUAAUACUUUAUCCACCAACCAACCCACCAAAAAACCAACCAACCAGAAUUUCUUUCUGCAACUUAUUCAUCAGGGAUUUUGUCUUCAACCCAGAAACAAGGUCAAAUACAGCUUCAUAUCAUAGCUUUUGCCAGUCCAAUCCUGAUUUCUAUUCUUCUUACAAUGCACCUUGGAAAAACACCUCUCCAUGCUCCAAUCUCAUAUCGGUGAACCUUGCACAGCUAAAGACAUUCUAACACUCACCCAUUGAUGUGGUAAAACCAGUUGUCCAGGCUCGAUACAAUUAGCACUCGUUGGUCUUGUGAAAUCCGUCUACACUAAGGCCAUCAAGAUACACAACUCAGUGCAUUAAGAUCUCCCACUACAAACAACCCCAGGCCUGUUACUAUUUUACAAAAUUAUGUUUGUGCUUCUUGGCCCAACUCUGUAUCUUCCAACUAUUCAUAGAAUCACAAUUUAACAAUGAUCAACCACUGAAAGAUCUGCCGUUGUGUCAAUCUCAAGCCACACCUGUUGGAAAGGGAGCAGGUGUUUCUGAAAGCUUUAAAAGUGCUUGUGGUUGGUUCAGGAAUAAUCUUCAGAACCAUGUGUGUCCAAAGGGCAGUGUUUACAAUUUGCCUAGUCCACAGGAUGAGUGGAAAGUAGGGGGACUGUGAAACAGUGGACUCAUGUCAUGGAAGGGUUCGUUGCAGUCACAGGACAUUCAGAGGGCUUGAAUGGUUUUCCACAAGAAUACAAACAGACAGAAGAUCUAACCAAUGGACACUCCAAAUGCACAACUAUACUGAAUGGACGCACUCCAGGUAAUGGUAUCAAAGAGAAUGGCAAUAUCAAUGGCAACCCUUAUCUCAAAACUGUCCAGAUCUCAGCCCUGAAACAGAAUGGCCUCUUACAGUCACUGGCAGCCGGAGGCAAUCAGACUAAAACAGAAGAGGUGAGCUCGGAGUUGGAGCGAGCACAAGAGGAGUGGGAUGCCCUGGAGAGCAUCCAACCAGUUCUUGCUGAGGAUCUUACUCCCUCACCGCUGAUCUCAUUCAACGAGGCUCUGCAGCAUUUUCAGACCACUGAUCUCGGAGACCUGCUUAAGAACAUUCAGCCCACCAUUCGCAGGACUGGAUUUGCUGCCAUCACCCACUUCCUGUUUGGUCCUCCCCGGCUACACAAAAACCUAGUAGAGGAGAGAGACCUAGUGUUUGCCAUUGCACAGUGUUCUCUGGAUAAUGGACAGUCAGUGCACAUGCGUGUACUCCAGACCAUCUACAGGAAACUGACCUGCACCCGAGCAGACUGCCCUCGCUAUGGACCACACUGGGAGAAUGUGGGCUUCCAAGGUUCAGACCCUGCCACAGAUUUAAGGGGAACAGGUUUUCUGGGCCUGAUGCACACUCUAUACUUUGUCAUGGACCCAGAGAUACUACCACUGGCUAGAGCCAUCUACAAACUCUCUCAGCAUCCAGUCCAGAAUUUUCCAUUCAGUGUGAUGUCAAUCAACUUGACCAGAAUUGCCCUGCAUGCUCUCAGGGAGGAGGUGUUGUCCAAGGAGUGUAACCGAAGGCAACAGGUUGUGGCAGUGUUAAAUGAUUUUUAUGUUGCGACAUUCCUGCACCUCUACCAGCUGUGGAAGAGCCAACAGAAAACAAUCUCUGACUCCGGCCAUGUGCUUAAAGAAUUGGAGCUCUUAGCCAAGAAGAACCCCAAGCAGAUUCUCAAACGACUCGAGGGCUACCUGAAAGAGAGACGUGCUGGGACAGGACACCGAACAUCACCUGACAUGCUGUCACAUAGCAACCCUUCACCUGGUGACAGUGGGUCUCGAGCAGGGAGUCAGGGUGGGGAGGAGGGGAAGGAGAUUAACUUCACUGGUGUCUGUGAGCUGCCCCCCGAGAUGGAGGGAGAGGCUAGACUCAUCUGAGAGACAGAGAAAGAGAGAUGAGAGACAAUUAAAGGCAUAAUUAAUUAAAAAAUAAGAAAUCUGGCAUUUACUCACUCUAUUAUUUUUCCAAAUCCAUACAACUGACUUUCUGUGGAACACAAAAUGAGAUGUCAGGAAGGCUGUCAACAUUCACUUUCAUUGCAUCUUCCUUCCGCAUGAUGAAAGUGAAUGGUGACUCAGACUACCAUUCUGCCUAACAUCUCCUUUUGUAUACUUAUCUAUUGUGUGAAGAAAGUCAUACAGGUUUGAAACAACAUGAGGGUGAGUGAAAUAUGACCAUUUUCAUUUUUGGGUGAACUGUCCUUUUAAGAACAUGUGUUUGAAUGGGCAUUUGAUUUGUACAGUCUCAAAUAUCUCUCUUGCUCUAACUCUGUCUCUCUUUCUUCUUCAUUUAUUUUCUAUCUAUUCAUUCUAAAGCACACUCAGCAAGACGUCUAUGUUGUAACUGUAGUAGCAGAUUAAAUCAUAAUACUCUUUUGCUGUUAGGGUACCUAUUGGCAUUUCAAAGCUUUCUCUGGAAAAAAAAGCCAAUAGUUUUAGUUGCCAAAUAUCAGAGUUAAAGGUACAGUUUGCUAGUCAUCAUUUACUCAUCCUAAUGUUUUUACAAACAUUCAAAUAUUUUUUUCUUCUUCAAUGGAAUAUAAAAAGACAUAUAAGAUUGUAUUUAAGUCUCAGUUGCCAUUCAUUGCAUCUUUUUUCCAUACAGUGAAAGUGAAUGGGGAGUGAGGUUGUCAUUCUGUCAUACAUGUUUGGAACAAUUUAAGGGUGAGUGAAUGAUGACAGUUAAAGUGAACUAUCCCUUUACAAAGAUCAUUUUAGAAAGUGUAAUACUAGAUUUACCACCUCAGUGGCAAUCAGGAAUGGACGUGUCUUGAUGAACGUGUAAAGUGGGUUUCAGAAAUGAUCCAGCACCUUACCCAUGACUGUGGUAUUGAGUGAGAAUGACUUACUUUGUGUGAUGCGGUGACUGCAGGGAUUUAUUUGAUUUAAUUGAGACCAGUGUAGUCUAAAGCCUUGUGAUCCUCCUGAUCAUUUGAACUUCUUCACUGUAACCAGGUCAACAUUCACAGAAGUUAUCCAAGUUUAUAUUUAUGUUGCCACUUUUACCUUCACUGUUGAAAAAAAUGUAAUGAGAUAUCAAAACUUUGGAUGAAAAGAGUUUUCUUUUGUCCCUUUAGAAACAAUAUGUUUAAGAGACUAUCCGUUGGAAUGAUCUCUUCAACAAAAGCUGAAACUGUCAUAUCAUGGUAUCAUUUUAAUGGGGAAGUGCUUAUUAGUGACCUGUAGUAGACCAAAAUAUUAAGAUGUUUGAAUAGCCAUUUAGCAGUUCAGUUGCAAGCCUGGAAUUGUCAACUAAUUUUAUUUAAACGUUUGAGCUUUGAGCUGAAAUUAGGACCGUAAUCAAAGAGAAAAUAUGAUAUUCUGAGGUGUUUUAAUGCUUAUCUGCAUGUUUCCUCGAUAUUGAUAGCAAUUACAUUCCAAUUUUAAGUAGUCAUGAUGCAACUAUGAACAUCUGGGUGUGUUUUGGACGAGAGUGGGAAUGAUCACAUGACUGUACCAGAACUAAUCCUGAAAAUGCUAUUGGUUGCCUGUUAUGAUGUUUCACAUAGAGGACAGCAUACUCAAGUUGUCCACUAUUUAGUCCAGAGGAAAUAUAUGGCAUAUUAUAAGUUGUUGGACAGUGAUGAAAGCAUUAUAGUUCUCUGAAGCACUUUUAGCAAGUGUGUAAACAAGAUUUGUUAGGGUUAAUUGUGUCUAUAAGACAUGUUUUUAUAUAAAAUAAUAGCCAGGAAGCUGCAGGUCAUUUAAACUGUACUGUAUGUGAGAAACGUUGGUAUAUUAAUGUGGAUCACACUAGGCAACAUCUUGCAUCUAAGCGUUGUACAUUCAAAUAGACAUUUCAGAUCUGUUUAUAGUGUAGUCAAGCAAUUACACCAUGAUACUUGUUGAUUUAAAAAGAGAAUACCUUAUUUACUGUCGAGCCACAUCAGGUUUGUGCGGCAAAUAUUUGAGAUGUUAUGUAUUUUGAUGUCAUUUGUGUCUUGUUCUCCCAAGAAAUUUGAUGGGGAAAGUCUGUCUCUCCCUUUGCAGCCCUAUUCCGCACUCUCGUCUUGUUAGCAUGUCAGGUACUUCUAGAGAUGUAGCAUCCAGGAAUCGUUGCUUUUAAAAUCCUUGUUAAAAAAAAAAGCUUGUUAAUGUAACUCGGUAUGGUUGCAAAUGUUUGUCUAAGUUACCUAGUCCAAAGUGUUGUUGUACGAUAUGAAUACAGUACGUCCUGUACGUUUCAGUUGAACUUUUACAGUCUUUCUUUUGUAGUUGUUUUUCUUCUUCUGAAACGACACAUGAAUAUAAAUACUCAGUGGAUGUAUAGUAGAAGUCCUGUCACUUUAGCCAGUUACAUUUUUAUAUAAUGAAGAGUAGUAUUUUAUAAACUUGAAUAAGAGCAAAGCAUGGUGGAAAAGGAUUGUUUAUAUAAAAAGGCAAAUCACCCUUUCCUGGCUUAUUACUACUAGUUCUGUUUGACUGAUUUGUAUUAGAGCUGGUUCAGGUCCUAAUCCUUCUAUAACUGUACUCUUGAGUGCAUUCAGCGCUGUUGUCAACUGCAAGCAUUUAUGUGUUUAAUACUUGCCAGUUUGUUUUUCAAACUGAAGCAUAGUUAACAGUAAGAAAGACUUUGAAUGAAUGUUUAAGAGGCAUAAUUUUAGAAUGUUGCUUGAUUACAGUGCCAAGGUGUUGAGAGGAGAUGCAAUAUAACAAAUGUUGUCAAGUGAGAGUACUGCCCAAGAGACCUGUAUUUCCUACAAGUCAUAUUCCGUGCACUUCUUUUAGGAUAUUUUAAACUGUCAUGUACACUUGCCAGUGCAACUCCUCAGAGGUGUGUGUUGCUAUUUAGCUUACUGGCUCAAAAUAUAUUAUGAACAAUCAAAGUUACAGUCUAACAAUCAUCCACAACCAUGACCAUCAUAAUGAGCCUGGUUCAGCACCUUUUCUUGUAUAUGCGUGCACAAUAAGUUGUUUAAUAUUUGUUUAGCUAUUAGUUCCCAAAGGAGAGGGUGGUAUGUACUGUAUAUGAGAUUACUUUUAACGUGUGUGUGUGUGUGUGUGUGUGUGUGUGUGUGUGUGUGUGUGUGUGUGUGUGUGU